UCUUUGAGAGAAGGAAAGGGUGUCGUUUUGCGCCGGUAUCGCGGCGCGUUGUCGCAGGGCGCAGCUGUGCACCUUGUUUCCGUCAUCGUCCGGAUGGGAAACAAUGGCCGACGGCACGUGCUGACCCGACAAGAGCGCUGUCGGCGCCGUGUCCGCCGACUCGGCAGUACGGGAAGCGUGUCGCAGGCUUAGGCUGGCGUCCGAACAGCGUCAUCCUCACAGCUGGCGUCCUACAGGGUCGACCCUGUACCAGCGCCGGCGGGUAUAUAUGGGGCCGGGACUGGGAGCAGGGCACAGCCGACACGCUGCUCAAGAGAUCGACCAUGACCUGGUGGACGCCGCUGCGGACGCUCUGCCUGGCGGCGCUGGCGGCACUGGCGCUAGCGGCCUGCCCCCACGAGGGCACCCUGAAGAGCUGGAGCGAUGCUGCUUCUUGGGCCUCGGGAACGGUACCUGCCGAGGGCGAGGCCGUGGUGGUGUCGGAGCCGAUGCUGCUCGACACCGCGACCCCGGACCUCCUUUCCGUGACGGUGGAGGCCGGCGGGCGACUGGUGUUCGACCCGGCCGCCGACCUCGCCAAGCUGGCCGCCGAAUGGAUCAAGGUGGCCGGCGAACUGCACGUCGGCGCCGAGGACUGUCCGUUCACGGGACAGGCGGAGAUCGAGCUGCUCGGCAAGAAGAACGUGACGGUCGGGGUGCAGGUCCACGAACACGGCGCCGAGUUCAAGGCGCUCGUGGUGGUCGACGGCGGCCGGCUGGAGGUUCACGGCCAACCGAGACAGGCGUGGACCCGCCUGCAGACCACCCUUCCUCAGACCACUCGCGAACUGGUGGUCGGCGAUGCCCUGUUCAACCACCGCGAGACGGAGAACGUAGCCCACUGGUACCGCGGCUUCAUGGGCUAUCAGUUUGACUCGGCCGGCCAGCCGGUGCGGUACAUGCGCCUGCGCCGCUCGUGUGACUUCUCAGACCUGGUGACGAUGCAGGGCAGCGUUGUGCUGCUGGUGGUGCAGCGGAAGGUGGAGCUGGAUCGCGACCAGCAGCUGGAGCACGCCGCCGACGCGUUCGAGCAGGUGUGCUACGGAGGGGGACAGCGCAGCCACCUUCGCGACCUCAGCCUCGGCGAGACCGUCGCAUGGGCAGCCAUCUGCCACGUUGGCCAUCCGGAAAACACCGUGGAAGAACUUGGACACCCGGAAGGCGACAACUCGGUAACUUCGCGGUUGGUGAAGCAAGUGGGCGAUGUCGAGUACUUGGCGCAGUCGGUGACGCGUCUGACCUCCGACUGGCCGUAUGAGAUCGACAUGCUGACGUACACUGCCGGCAACGUUCCGGACGCUCACAUUGUUCUGGACGUCAGCAGCAACGUUAGCGACUGGCGCGCCGGCGACACCGUUGCCAUCACCUCCACGGACUACGACUGGCGGCAGGCGGAGGAGUUCACCCUGCUCGACUGCCCCGACUGCAGUGCCACCCAGAUCAUGAUCGGCUGGCCGGUGCGCUGGACCCACUGGGGAGAGACGACCGACGGCGUCAACAUGGGCGCAGAAGUCGGUCUGCUCAACCGGAACGUGCGAAUCCACGGCCGGAUGGAAGACGCUUGCUAUGGCGACAACCACUGUGGCAGGUUUAAUUUCGACACUUUUGGAGGUCAAAUUAAGGUAUUUGCUAACUUCGCAUCGGUACGCGUUGUCAACGCUGAGAUCUUCCACAUGGGUCAAAACUCAGUCCUGGGUGCCUACCCAAUCCACUUCCACAUGUGUGGCGAUGUUGAUACGACACGAGAGCUGAGGGCUUACGUACGUUCCAAUGCCAUCCAUCAUACGUUUGCGCGUUGCGUGACCGUUCACGGGACCAGCGGUCUGCUAGUGGAGGGUAACAUGGCCUACGACCACUUCGGUCACUGCUUCUUCUUGGAGGAUGGCAGCGAGAAGAGGACGGUGUUCCGCAACAACCUGGGAUUCAGCACACGUCGGACGACACUGACGCCGAGCGACCACGGACGUGCCUCGACUUUCUGGAUCACCAACCCACUCACCACAAUGGAAGGCAAUGUGGCCGGCGGCUCCGAGGGCUGGGGCAUCUGGUACACGUUCCCGCGAAAACCAAUCGGGCCAUCUGCGGCGCUGGAUGUCAUGGAGCACAAUGAAGCAAUGAAAACACCGCUUGAUCCCUUCAUAGACAAUGUCGCGCAUUCGAAUAACGAAUACGGUCUUCAUUUUGAUGGCGUGCUUAGAUCUAACGGUCAUAUACAUGGCGGCUUCAACUACGACCCACGUGAAGACCCUCUGAACGCAACCAGUCCCACUGUAGUUGUUACCCUUGACGGCUUCACGGCCUUCAAGAACUACAAGUCGGUGUGGCUUCGGAUGUCACGGGUAGUGGCAAAACGCUUUAAUAUCGCCGAGAGCGUCGAGGGCGUGGUGUUCGCAUGGUCAGGUGCCGGUGAGAAACGUCUCGAGGACUCGCUGAUCGUUGGAGAGACCGCCAACAAGGGUAAACCGGAGGGCUGGAUCCGGCUUACAAACGGCACUAGCAUCUGGUGGGACCGACAGAUCCGCAUGAACGGCGCGGACAACGCACUUCCCAUCAUCGGCGUCAUCUUUCACGACACAAUCAUGUCGCUAAAUCGCGUCACCUUCGACCGUUUCGAAUCAAACAUAGUCAGACCCUCCGGGGGUAUCGGCAUGCGGCGCAAAAUUCGCCACUACACCUCACCAGUGAACAGUGUCAGCGGACUGGUGUUCCGCUACGCCGACCCGCUCGAAGGCAACCGUGCGUACGACGCCAGCGAAGGGCGCGGCUUCGCCGACCUGGCCGGCAACAUUCAGAACGUCAUCCGCGAUCUGGACGGCUCUCUGACUACAUACCCUAACUCCACUGUCGUGAAGCCUUACGACAUUCACCUGAAUGCUCGCUGCGCACCUGUUCCGCAGUGGAACUUGUAUGUGUGUCCGACCAUGUUCACCAAACUUUUGUUCAUGUGGUGGGACCGUAGUGUGGGCAACCUCAACACGUUCCUCACGCGUAACGAUGGAAGCGCUACAUUUACAUACGGGGUCAACUUCCAGAACAGCUACGCGCUGAACUCGCAGGAGGGCUACAUCGUUCACUUCAACACGUCUGUGCCGCGCUACUUUAAGAUUCGCCUGGCGGGCGUGGAGGCCGGAGUAGUUCAGACGGUAGGACUUUGCAUCGGAAAGGGAGUGACUCCGCUCACCGUCGAGAUGAACUCCGUGCCAGUGCCGUCGUUUGACUCUCUGGACGACCAGGGCGCGGAUGUGCACUGGUACCUGGACACAGAGGCGGGCGUGCUGUUCUUCCGUUUCAGCUCUCCGUACCAUCGCACGGCCGACACGGUGGACGAGUGUCCCGGCCAGGACGGCAAGCCGGCCGGCUGUCCCGAGGUGCUGGUCGUGCUUCCCUCCAGCAACACGGACGGAGACUGCUCGGGCCGCGCCUACCCGGCGUACAGCACGGAGCCAUUGGACUCGACCGGUGGCCUCACCACGCCCGACUUCACUGCCUAGAGGCUGGUCCAGCAUGGACAGCCCGCCACACAUGACCUCCUCUGGAAGACGAUGGAAUGUCGAUGGAACAGAUGACCUCAGUGAGCCGGGUCAUCGACAGCAGACCGCGACUCGGCCGACAAAGCAGGGCGUUUCCAGAAGAUGUCACCAAAGAACCUGCAGGAUAAACGAUGCAUCCGUCUCGUAUGCUUGCAUCAUGCAUAGGUUUGCAAUGAAUGUUGUGAGCUGAAAGGUGUGCAUUAUAUUUCUGACACACUAUGGAUACUGUUUAAUUUCGAAUGUUAUUCAUCCGAAAAAAUAAUGGGAUUUAUUUCAUACCCUUUUGACGUUACUUUAGCGUGUCUUGUCAAAUCCUCCAUGUUUGUGAAAUAUGUUGAGUAACGUGAAAAAUUGUUUUCCUGAAAAUAAAAAUUGCAUGAAA